AUGCAAGUAGCCGAACGUACUCAGGAUGAAAUGCUUGGUGGUGAACCGAUCCAAGUCCCAGCCUUUCUUGGAAUGACCGAACAACAGUCUCGUUUACUGGUUGCCUUGUACAAUGAAACCGAUCCUGAAUUUGCUAAACAGAUGCCUACCGCCUUACCUAUUGCUGCUCAACAACUUGCGAGUGAAUAUGAAAAACGAAACAGUGUUGGCAAAAAGCUUGAACGAGCCAACAGCAGAUGGUCGGAUGAAUACAAGCUAUUUGAUCAAAUACAACGAGAAGCUGUUGAAAAGUUGUCAACGACCGAUAUGAAUAUUGAUAAAGCAGCACAAGGUUUGAGAUUGGCAGAAGAGGAUGACAGUCCAGUGCAUGAUCUUGUCAUGGGUAGUUUAUUGUACGGAGGUAUUCGUCGAGAGCCAUCAGGACCUGAUGAUCAUGCAUCCAUGAGUCCUGUGGCCAGUCCCAAUUUUGAAGGCGCUAAGCAUCUGUUGGUAAGAGCAUUUGAAAAGGGAUACACGAUGGCAGCUGUUCAGAUCGGAUCAAUCUAUAUGCAAGAGGAAAAAUUGGCAGGAGGUAAAAAUUUGAAUGGCCAAGAUCCAAAGGUACUGGCUUAUCAGUGGUACAAGAAGGCUGCAGAUUUGUCCAACCCAAUGGCUUGCCAUAAAAUUGGCUAUUUCUUGGAACAAGGCAUUGGAUGUGACAAGAAUCUUCAAGAAGCGAUCGAGUAUUAUAAAAAGGCAUUUGAAGAAGGAUAUCCUGAUUCAGCGCAUAAUUUGGGUAUCAUCCAUCAAGGAUUCACCAACGAAACAAGUGCUUUUAGAGAUAUAAAGAAAUCCAUCGAAUACUUUGAAAGAGCCAAGCAAUGGGGUUACUCACCAUCAUGCAAUGCACUGGGCAGAAUGUAUUUGUUGAUGUCAAAGAAUGCUGAACUUGCCAAAGAGGCAGGCGAUCCAGGCAGUGAACCAGAGGAUUAUGUAGUGACUGGCAUUGAUUUGAUGGAAGAUGCGGCCAAUAACGGAGACGCAGAUGCCAUGUUGAUGCUUGGUUUAAUAUUUGGGUCCAAGGAUUAUGGACUUUAUGAUAUGGACAAAGCACAAAACUAUAUGGAACUUGCUUUGGUCCGUGGCGAUCUUCAAGCUUACAAUUACCUUGUUCGCAUCUUGCGAGCCAAGAUGGCAGCAAGGAUUGCCUUAGAGAACGAAAACAUGGAAAACUUUGAACAACUGAGUGAAGUAGAUAAGGAAAAGCUAAUUCGUCAGUUGGCUAAGGAAGGAGACAACUCUAUUCAUAAACAGUGUGCUAAUCCAAUGUGUGAAAAGAGAGAAGAAGAACCAGGCAGUUUCAAACGCUGUGGAAGAUGCCAACGAGUUGCCUACUGUUCCCGUGAUUGUCAGAGGGAGCAUUGGAAGACUGGUCAUAAGGUUGUUUGUAAAUCACCAGACCAACAAUAA